CGGAGUCUAGCAAAUAGCAGCUAUGGAAUAAAAAGAAAAUCACCACUUCAAAACUUGCAUCUUGUUUCCCGAAGUAUACAUCAUCCCUAUUAUCCAAGUUCAAAAUUUCAAAGACCUCCAUUAAGGAUAUCCAUUCAGCUGUUCUCUUCUCUUAAUCGACUUCCCCUACACAAAACAAAACUUUUAAAUGUGAAAUACGGCUACCAGUUCCACAGGAACUUUUGGCUAGCUAGACUAGCAUCAAGGCUUCUCAAACUUCGCUAUCUUAUAUUAGGAUCUGCUGUAGGUGGUGGUUAUACAGCUAAGAAGACGUAUGAUCAGUGGAAGGACAUGAUGCCAGAUCUCGAUGAAUAUAAGUGGAUUGUUCCUGACUUCAUUUGGGAGCUUGAUGAACAUAUUGACUUCGGUUCUCCGGGAGAAACAGCAUUCAGAGCUACUGACCAGGGAUAUGACAAUGACAAACAGUACAAGAAGGGCCUGCUUGGUGAACUCAUUCUGUUGCAACAACAAAUCCAGCAGCACGAAGAGGAAGCACGCAGAGCCGCUGGCCAGUAUAACAUGGGCUCUUCCCAGCAGAAGCGAAAGGUUUCUGACAAAGAGAAGGUUGAUCAACUUCAAGAAGAACUUUUACGCACUCAGCUCAAAUACCAAAGAAUGCUUGAGCGAUUAGAGAAGGAGAACAAAGAACUAAGAAAACUGGUACUGCAAAGAGAUGACAAGGGAAUUCAUCAGAGGAAGUUGAAGAAAUCCCUGAUUGAUAUGUAUUCUGAAGUACUCGACAUCCUGUCUGAUUAUGAUGCCAGUUAUAACACACAAGAUCAUCUCCCUCGAGUGGUGGUGGUUGGAGAUCAAAGUGCGGGAAAAACCAGUGUGUUGGAAAUGAUCGCCCAAGCCCGCAUAUUCCCUCGAGGGUCUGGAGAGAUGAUGACACGUUCCCCUGUUAAGGUAACCCUUAGUGAAGGUCCCCAUCAUGUGGCUUUGUUCAAAGACAGCUCUCGGGAGUUUGAUCUGACCAAGGAAGAGGAUCUUGCAGCUUUGAGAAAUGAAAUAGAAAUCAGAAUGAGAAAUAGUGUGAAGGAAGGGUGCACUGUUAGCACUGAGACCAUCUCCUUAAGUGUGAAAGGUCCUGGCUUGCAGAGAAUGGUGUUGGUUGAUUUACCUGGAGUCAUUAGUACCGUGACAUCAGGUAUGGCUCCAGAUACGAAGGAAACUAUCUUUAGCAUCAGCAAGGCCUACAUGCAGAAUCCUAAUGCCAUCAUCCUUUGUAUUCAAGAUGGAUCAGUGGAUGCAGAGCGCAGUAUUGUCACAGACUUAGUCAGCCAAAUGGAUCCCCAAGGAAAAAGGACAAUUUUUGUGUUGACUAAAGUUGAUCUCGCUGAGAAAAACGUAGCGAGCCCGAGCAGGAUCCAGCAAAUAAUUGAAGGCAAACUCUUCCCCAUGAAAGCUUUGGGUUAUUUUGCAGUUGUUACUGGAAAAGGAAACAGCAGUGAAAGCAUUGAAUCUAUUAAAGAAUAUGAAGAGGAAUUUUUUCAAAAUUCAAAGCUGUUAAAGACAUGUAUGCUGAAGGCACACCAGGUAACAACAAAGAACUUAAGUCUUGCUGUGUCAGAUUGCUUUUGGAAAAUGGUAAGAGAGUCUGUGGAGCAGCAAGCAGAUGCUUUUAAAGCCACACGUUUCAAUCUUGAGACUGAAUGGAAGAACAAUUACCCUCGGUUGCGUGAGCUUGACAGGAAUGAACUGUUUGAAAAAGCAAAGAAUGAGAUUCUUGAUGAAGUCAUAAGUUUGACUCAAGUCACACCAAAGCACUGGGAGGAGAUUCUGCAGAAAACUUUAUGGGAAAGGGUGUCUACUCAUGUGAUUGAGAAUAUAUACCUCCCAGCAGCACAGACCAUGAACUCGGGGACCUUUAACACCACUGUGGACAUCAAACUAAAGCAGUGGACUGACAAGCAACUGCCUAAUAAAGCAGUAGAGGUGGCAUGGGAGACUUUGCAAGAAGAAUUUUCCCGUUUCAUGACAGAACAAAAAGGAAAAGAGCAUGAUGAUAUCUUUGAUAAACUGAAACAAGCUGUCAAAGAAGAAAGUAUUAAACGACAUAAAUGGAAUGAGAGAGCGGAGGAUAGCCUGCGAGUGAUCCAGCACAAUGCCUUGGAAGAUCGGUCAAUAUCUGAUAAACAGCAGUGGGAUGCAGCUAUUCAUUUUAUGGAAGAGACCCUCCAAAGUCGUCUCAAAGACACUGAAUCUGUUAUUGAAGAUAUGGUGGGUCCAGACUGGAAAAAAAGAUGGUUGUACUGGAUAGGCCGCACCAAAGAACAGAAUAUUCGUAAUGAAACAAAAAAUGAACUUGAGAAAUUAAUCAAAUGCAAUGAAGAACAUGCAGCUUAUCUGGCAAAUGAUGAAGUGACAACUGUCAGAAAGAAUCUUGAAGCAAGAGGAAUAACAGUGGACCCAUGUCAGAUUAAAGACACAUGGCACCAAAUUUAUAGACGAUAUUUCCUGAAGACUGCUUUGAACCACUGCAAUCUAUGUCGAAGAGGCUUCUAUUAUUAUCAGAGGCAUUUUGUGGACUCAGAGCUUGAAUGUAAUGAUAUUGUCCUCUUCUGGCGAAUACAGCGAAUGCUGGCAAUCACAGCAAAUACGCUGAGGCAGCAGCUUACUAACACUGAAGUAAGGCGCUUGGAGAAGAAUGUAAAGGAAGUGCUUGAGGACUUUGCUGAGGACAAUGAAAAAAAGGUGAAGCUCCUAACUGGCAAGAGGGUCCAGCUCGCAGAGGAUCUCAAAAAAGUUCGGGAAAUCCAGGAGAAACUUGAAGCCUUCAUAGAAGCCCUCCAUCAAGAAAAGUAGAUUGUUCAAGCAGCAACUUUACACAAGAAUGCAGCCUUUUCCAGGAUACCUUGAACAAAGACUGAAUAGAAAUGGCUUUUGUGACCCAUUCUCUUUCCUGUCUUUUGGGGAUCAUCCUGAAAUGUUGGAGGAGAAAGAAAAUAAUGUCUCAUGGGAUUGAGAAGUUCAGUUAAAAUCCACCUGCUCUUUUAAUUUUUGAAGCUACAUCCACAUGACAGAAGAAUCUGACUUGUGUGUCAAUGAAAUAGCUUGGGAGCUUGCUGAAGUUGUACAUUUAAGGUGUUUUUUUUUUUCCUGAAAGGGAAAAAGCUUUAAUUUUUGUCAUCUCUCUUGUAUGGUAAAGCUGGAUCAGAUUCAUAAAAUGAUUAUAUCUGUUGUCAUCUUCUUGCCUGCAAAUGAUCCUGGGAGUUUGACAUAAAGUUUUAGUAUUUGUAUGUACAUUAAAAUGCCCUUCUAAGUAAUGCCAUUUGUAUUUGUUAUGCUCUGUGUUGAAGCAUUCUCUGAUCACUCUGGGUACAGAUUUAAAAGCAUGGCAUUGAGAUCUCGAGAGGAAGUUGUGGAUUUUAUUAAACUCCUAAACUCUUGAGACAUCAUCCAAGCAAUUCUUGUACUUUCAAGUGAAAGUGCAAACUGCUAUUCACUGACACCUUAAAAGGUUUGGCUCAGGAAAUAAUGUCAACAGCUGCUCCUUUUAACCAUUCUUUUCUAAUAUAUGUUGUUACUCUUGAAUCAUAGCCAAUUACAUUUCAUUUCUGGGAUUGCACAGACUGUGAUUUCCUUGUUAACUCCUCCCUUCAUCGGUACAAAGUAAACUGAUGGAGCACGUGUGAAAUGUAGACAGAUACUCCGUACAAUUCCAACUUCUCCAACCUCCUCAACUAAAAAAGGAAAACUAUAAUUAAUUUAAUUUUUCUAAUAGCAACUGUAAGACCAAAAUUGCUUUUAUAAGAAUGUUAUGCACAAGGUCC